AUGGGGCAGCAGUUCAGCUGGGAGGAGGCAAAGAACGGCGCAGUGGACGUGGCAGAGCUGCAGGAGUGGUACAAGAAGUUCGUGGAGGAGUGCCCCAGCGGCACGCUCUUCCUGCACGAGUUUAAGCGCUUCUUCAAGGUCGCGGGCAACGAGGAGGCCACCCAGUAUGUAGAGGGCAUGUUCCGAGCUUUCGACAAGAACGGGGAUGACACCAUCGACUUCCUGGAGUAUGUGGCAGCCCUGAACCUUGUUCUGAGGGGCACCCUGGAGCACAAGCUGAAGUGGACCUUCAAGAUCUAUGACAAGGACCGCAAUGGCUUCAUUGACCGCCUGGAGCUGCUGGACAUCGUGGAGUCCAUCUACAGGCUGAAGAAAGCCUGCAGGGUGGAGAUGGAGGCUGAGCAGCAAGGCGAGCUGCUCACACCUGAGGAGGUCGUGGACAGGAUCUUCCUUCUGGUGGAUGAGAACGGAGAUGGCCAGCUGUCCCUGAAUGAGUUCAUUGAAGGUGCCCGUCGUGACAAGUGGGUGCUGAAGAUGCUGCAGAUGGACGUGAAUCCCGGUAGCUGGAUCUCUCAGCAAAGGCGGAAAAGUGCCAUGUUCUGA